CCUACACGACUCCCAUUCCCGCUCUCUCUCUCUCUCUCUCGAUCUCCCCCGAUUUGCUUGUUUUCAGACGCCUCUGCAAAACCAUCCCCAUUCAUCAAAAUCACCAUUUUCACUAUGUGAAACUCUCUCUCUUCCCCCCCAAUGUCCAAUAGCUUCUUUUUCUUCAUCUUCCGCAAGCCCUAACUGUCCCCUCCCUCUCCCUCUCUCACGCAUUUGAACAUUUUCAUAGAAAUUUCCAGAUCUGGAACUCCAUGGGAGCUCCGCCGACGGAUUCAGCUCUCGUCGCAGUCACAGACACAGUGCCCAACGCUGAACUGCACAAAGCCUGGUAUCUCCUUGCUCUCCUACUUCGAAUCGGCCGCCGAGCCCCUCCGGCCGAACUCGCUUCCAAGUGCAUUCUGUUCCGAGCACCGACCGAUUACAUACGCUACCUCUGCUCGCUCCCUAAUUCGCCAAUUUGCUUGACUGCCGACCUGUUCGUGACUCCAUCGCUUGUUGCGUUCGUGGCUUUCCGGAAUUUUGUGACGAAUUCGAUUGCUGUUGACGCGUUUGUGCCCCUUGUAGAGCUCGGGGUUGUGGGAGCGAGGAGAGUCUGGGAGGACGUCGCCAGGACGUAUUAUCGUAGGCGGAAGAGAGUUGGAUCAGAGUUUGAGGCUAUGCAGGUGCGGAAAAGGAGAGGAGUUUUGCUUUCUUUUGUAGAAAACGAAGACAAUCGGAUUGUUCCAAUUUCACCUACUGGAGCGCAAAGUGAUUCCAAUAAGCUACAAUUCCCACUGGGAGACUAUGUGACUAGAGGAACUGGGGUACAGGCAACUGAUAUUUCAACCAUGACAUUCAAUCUGGACAACUUUGGCCAAAGUGUUGGACAGGCUCCUUUCUCAGUCAAGCUCAAUUCUAGACCAUGGAGUUAUGGCUUGAAGACCAUUGAUUUUGCAAGUAGUAAAGAAACAAGUAUCUCUGAGUACAUGAAGGAGCAUCAGCGUAUGUAUACACUGGAAUAUCAGCAAAGCUUUCUCAAUCUUGGUGAAUUCUCACACAUUCAUUAUCCAAUAGCUAUGCAAACAAUAAGCGCAUGUGUCCCUCAUAGAAAACAAUCUUUUCUAACUGCUCCAAUAGAAAAUUCAGAUGUUUGUGGAGAAAUUAAGAUGAGAGAGAUGAGCUUUGAAAGUAGAAUAAGUUUGAAUGGCUUGAGAUGCACAGAAGCAGAGGAACAUAGCAUCAAUCCUCCAGUGGAGGCUGAGAAUGUGGGUCUUGUUUCUAGAGUUGAAAAUGUUGAAAUAAUUGAGGACAAACCAGUUUUCAUUGACCAAGAUGAAGAUCUGCUAGUUGAUUCUAUCUGCUGUGAAGGUGAAACUCAGUAUGUUGGCCCAGCAGCUAGUACUUCUCAAAUGGUGAUGUCAGUUGAUGCCAAAAGAAUGAAUACGAUAAGGUGCCCUGACACAAUAGAGUCUCUCAGUAGGGAGAUAAUGACAGAAAAUGUUGAGAGCAAGGUUACUCCUUCAGUAUCUAAGAUUUCUGAAUAUCCAAAUCAGCUGGUAACAUCCUCUGCCAAAUCAAAAACAUCUCAAACUUAUGCACUAAAUCCUAAACAGGAAGCCUUCAGUAAAGCACUGCAUGAUAGUAAGCCUGUUGAUUCUCCUACAAAGAAGCUGCAAUGUACUAGCAAUAAAAACUCAAUCCUUAUGAAGCAGAAGCUAAAGCAACAGUGUGACCAGAAGAUGCAUAAUAAGAAAAACAGGGAAAUUGAUAAAGAAAAAAGGGGCAAGCCUAUUGCAGUCAUGCUUGAAAAACAGCAGGAGUCCAAACCACUUCCGAAUUUUGAGUGUUUUACUGUAGAGGAGGAAGAAGGCUCAGGUGGUUAUGGCACAGUCUACAGGGCACAGAGAAAUGGAGUAAAAUUUGCCAUUAAAUGCCCUCAUGCAAAUGCUAAUAGACACCAUGUUUAUAAUGAGCUGAAGAUGCUGGAGCGCUUUGGGGGCAAAAGCUUUGUCAUAAAAUAUGAAGGCUCUUUUAAGUGUGGGAGCUCUGAGUGCCUUGUUUUGGAGCAUGUGGAGCAUGACAGACCUGAGGUCUUGAAGAGGGAAAUAGAUGUUUCACAGCUCCAGUGGUAUGGAUAUUGUAUGUUCAGAGCACUCGCAAGUUUACAUAAACAGGAAGUAGUUCAUAGAGAUGUUAAACCUGGCAACUUCCUUUUCUCUAGAAGGGUCAAUAAAGGCUAUCUCAUUGAUUUUAACCUUGCAAUGGAUCUACAUAAAAAAUAUGGAACCACUGAGAAAUCAAAGACAGGCUGUGAUUUGAAUCUCAAUCAUGAUCCGAUUCUCCGUGCAAAAGCUCUCCCUCCAACCCAUCACAAGUUUGAGGUCGGUAAAUCUUUUGAAGCAAUCAACCAGGAGACAGGAAAAGGUUCCAAGUCAGUUUUAUUACCCAAGAACCUCAAAAGGAAGGCUCUGGACCCUACAAAUACCUUUCCUGACUUGGACAGUAGGAACAUGACGAAAAGCCAAGGUGCAGAUGGCUCUGGAAUAACAUCAGCAAAGGAUGCUACAAGUACUAGAACUCCUUCGGGAGAAAGGAUGAGGCAACCAAUUAUAUGUCAAGGCAGGAAGGAGUAUAUCAGCCUGGCAAAAGCAAUUCACAGUCCACACUUUGAAGCACCAAGUGUUCCAGCUUCUAAGAGAAAGAGGAUUGCUGCCCUUCCAGGAAAAGUGGAUAAGAAACUCGUCUACCUUACUCCGAUGCCACUCUUCUCUACUGGCGUUGCUGUUGCUGGUGCCGGUCUAGUAAAUGACAAAGGGGAUGGAAAGCAAAGGAAAGAAGGCCCAUGUGUUGGAACCAAGGGCUUUCGGGCCCCAGAGGUACUGCUCAAAUCAGCACAUCAAGGCCCCAAAGUUGACAUCUGGUCUGCUGGAGUCACCUUACUUUACCUGAUGAUCGGCAGAACACCCUUUACUGGGGAGCCAGAACAAAACAUAAAGGAAAUUGCAAAGUUAAGGGGUAGUGAAGAUAUGUGGGAAGUAGCCAAGCUACACAGCCGUGAAUCUUCAUUUCCUCCGGAUCUCCAUGAUGUAAAAUUCAUGCAAUCUACAAAACUGCGAGAGUGGUGCAAACAGAACACCAGAAGGCCUGAUUUCCUUGAGGCCAUCCCAAGAUCUCUGUUUGAUCUGGUAGACAAGUGCCUGACAGUGAACCCGAGACUGAGGAUAAGCGCAGAGGAAGCACUCAGGCACGAGUUCUUUGCUCCAUGCCACGAGAGUUUAAGAAAGGUGAGGCUGGUGAGGCAGGAGGUCGGCUCAGAAAUGGGGGCUGCACGGCUUCGGCAUAGACAGCCCCAGACUUGUGAAGGUGUCUCGUGAGCAACCUGGCUUUUGUAGACAUUUCACUCAACUUACUGUGAAUCAACUAAUCCUGUUGAGUGUUGACUCUGCAAUUUGUAACUUCCCCUUCCUCACAGCUGAAAGCAAUUUUCCGCCAUUAACUUGUAAUUUGUGGGCUGAAUUAAAUUAUUGCAGAUUGAAAAGUGUAGAGACGUUUUUGAAAAUAUGUCCAUAAAUUUGGAAUGACACUCGUAUGACUGACUAUGAGAGGCCAUUAAAUGAUGAGUUAUGGGAAUU